UUGGAAUGGCGACAACGACAGCUGCGUAUAUUUUUGUUCAUGUCGUAAAAUCUAUCGUACAAUGGCGGCGUGUAUGGUGAAGCUUGGCCUACUCACCGAACCUCCCUCGUCGAUUCGCAAAUUACUGAUGGCGGUGACUCGAACAGAGAGACGUCUUCAUUCUCGGGACUGGUCCGUCGUUCUACCCUCGCUUCUACGUCUGCACCGGUUUCUAGUUCUUUGUGGAAUGUGGCGUUCAGAAGCAGGCUUUCGUGCUUUCCCUGACAGGAUUAUUGUACCACCCAAUCGUUGCUGUACAAUACAGCCCCAGUACAUCGGACGGAGGAUACUUGUGGCCAACGCUGUUCAGUUCGUACGAAAUGGAUUAGAUGGCAGCGUAAACCGAAAGGUGCAGAGCUGAAACCGAGGUUAUUCUGCUAUCUGCUGGAUAAUGCCUUCAUGUAGACACACCACGCUCUGAAGAAACUCUGCAUGAGCGACACAGAGACUGCAAUUGGCUGUGUGUCGUUUUUCGUAUCGCAUCGUAUACAUCACCUCGCUUUGUUGCUCUACCCCUAGAAGCGGCUGAAUGACCACUGGAAACACCAGGCAAAAUCUCGAUGUUCCUCGGCACCCUGGAGCAUAGGAUGAGAAAUUGGCAGUAGCAAGCCUCGAAGAACGUAUCGUGAUGUUUCUCAGUUCAAGUGGGCUGGCCAGCUUGGCAUACUACAAGCUUACGAUGCUCAGGCGCAUGAUAUCGCCUUGCACGACGCAA